UGGAUAUGCUUUGUUUAUGUUUAUGCGCACAUGGGGGCCCCACAUGAGGACCAGCCCCCGCAACUUGGAGCAGCAAGUUGCAUCCAAUUGCAGCCAGAGUAGCAGCUAGUGUCACCGUCACACUCACGCACACUAUUUGAAGGCAGCAACCCGACGGCCGAACAGGUUCCGCUCGCUAUGGAUUAUUCUUACCCAAUGGAGGAGCAGCAUUCAGGAUUCCGGCAGUGGCAAUGGCAGUGGCGCCUCUUCUCCCUCCUCUCAUCCCAGCCGGAGCUGCUCCCGCCGCCGCGGCCGGCCAACCAUGUCAGGUGGGAGGAGACCGCCGCCGCGCACCUCUUCUCCGCAAGCCUCCCGGGAGUGCGCAAGGAGGAGAUCAGGGUGGAGGUGGAGGACGCCAGGUACCUCGUCAUCCGCACCGAGCUGGACGCCGGCACCGGCACCGGCGGCGCCGUCGCGGACGCGAGGAGCUUCGACCGGAAGUUUCGGCUGCCGGGGAUGGUGGACGUGGACGGCAUCUCGGCGGCGUACACCCACGGCGUGCUGACCGUGAAGGUCCCGCGGAUGCACACCCGGGCCAGGCCUGUAGUUGACAUCCUCGGUGCGGGGGCGGGGCCGGCCAGCGACCACGCGGCCCGGGCGGCCUGAUUCGUGAUUUAUAGCAUCAAGCAUGUACUCGCUCUAUCCUAUAAAAAAAUUAUAUUUAGAGUUCAAAUUUUAUUUCAAAAUAAAUACACAUUUAGAAAUAAGAUCAUAUGGCUUUAGUUGUUUUUCCUACUUCCUCUCAUCUCGAAGUGUAAUUAUAUUUUUAUAGAAAAAUAGAUGGAAAUAAUUUCUCGCUAA